AUGGCUUCGAUCGCGCGCCAGUCCACUCUUCUCCGGCAGUCCUGCCUGUCGGCUAUCCGGGCACCGCUUGUGAACCGCAAUGCCGCGGGUAUGUCGCAGAUGGUCGCUUUCCACGCCUCUGCUAAGAAGCAGAUUCUGCCUCCUUUGCCUCAGACCAUCCAGGGAACAGUCAACGACCCUGCUCCGGUUCCUCACACCUCGCCUUCGCACGGUAGCUACCACUGGUCUUUCGAGAGACUCGUCUGCGUUGGUCUCGUCCCCCUGACCAUCGCUCCCUUCGCCGCCGGCUCCCUCCACCCCGUCACCGAUGCUGCUCUCUGCUCGCUCUUGGUCCUCCACUCGCACAUUGGAUUCCAGGCAUCUAUUAUCGACUACUUCCCCAAGCAGCGUGUGCCCAAGACCCGGGCUCUCUGCAACUGGCUCUUGCGUCUUACCACCCUCACUACCGCCGUUGGAUUGUACGAGCUAGAGACGAACGACGUUGGUAUCACAGAGGGACUUCGGAGAAUCUGGAAGGCAUAA